AUGUCGCCCACCGGCCGCCGACUGACCUGUCUCAACUGUAGCGGAGCCGAGCUGGUGCUGGACGCGCUGCUGGCCGACGCCGAGCCGGCGAACGCGAGCGAGCUGAACGCCAGCUGCGCCGAGCUUAACGGCACCGGGUGCGGCGCGGCCCCGCCGCCAGCCAGACAGUACUGGUUCCUGCUGCUGGUGCUGAUCCCACUGCUCAGUGUCUUCGGCAACGUGCUGGUGAUCCUGGCCGUUUGGCGGGAGCGCUCGCUGCAGUCGGCUACCAACUACUUCAUCGUCAGCCUGGCCGUGGCUGACCUGCUCGUCUCGGCCGCCGUCAUGCCGUUCGCCGUCUACGUCCAGGCUCGCCAACGCGGCUAG